AUGAGGACAAGAAAGCACCAUAGAAGGAGAUAUACUCUCCCAAGAAAGUUAUGCAAAUUGACCAAAGUGGAAGAGGUGCCAGAACAACAUAAUGUUGCUGUCAAAACAAGCAGAACUGCCAUAAAAGUGGCUGCAGAGCAGUUGUGCUUUUUCAAACCUACCAAAGAGAUGGCCAAUCAUCUCAAGCCUUUGUUCAUCACCGCAAACUUUAGGGGGACUCCUAUCCCUAAAGUAAUGGUAAAUGGAGGCACAACCAUCAAUCUACUACCUCACAAACUCUUGACUAAAAUGGACAGAACAGAAAAAGACUUGAUCCUAACAUGUCUGAUAGUCACCAAUUUCGCUGGGGGCAUCACCAAGACCCAUGAGAUACUAGAUGUAGAUGUCAUAGUAGGAACCAAGAAGCUGAAGAUUGCAUUCUUUGUGGUAGACACCAUUUCUACCACUUACAAUGCAUUGCUUGACAAGGAUUGGAUCCACCAAAGCUUGUGUGUUCCUUCCACUCUACACCAACAAUUGGCCCUCUAG